UGUAUUGAGACCUACAUGUCCAGCUGUCACCAGCGCAGCAUCAACACAGCUGUGAGGGCCACCCUGAGUCAGAUACUGGGAGACCUGACACUGCAGCUGCGCCACAGACAAGAGGGAGCUGAAGGAGAUGAGGUGACUGCGCUGCCUCUGCAGAGAAAAGACGUUUCCCCCACCAGCCAGGCUCUGUGUGAGGACGUGGUGAUGGUUCUGACUGUUUUCUGUGAGAAACUGGAGUUGGUGGACAGUAACAAUCAGCUCCUGCAGCUCCUCUACCUGGAGUGCAUCCUGUCCAUGCUCAGCAGCUGUCCUCCCACAAUGCACUUGUCCAGAGGUUUCACCGACCUUGUGUGGAAGCAGCUGUGUCCGUCCUUGGUGGCAAUUAUGGGAAAUCCAGUCAAUGAUAAAACCAUCACAUCUCACCACAGCUACAUGGGGGCGCCAGAGAGAGAUCGGCUUUCAGAGAGAAUCGCCCUAGGAAUCAGUCAGGAGUUGGACUGCUCUGGUGGAGGAGUAUCCGAUCAGGGCAGGGGGUCCGGCUGCUCCUCCAGCGCCCCCGCCAGAAUCGCGCCUGUUGUGCGGACUGUGUGCUACAUCGCAGCAGAGCUGGUGCGCCUGGUGAGCUGCGUGGAGUCGAUGAAGCCGGUGCUGCAGUCACUGUACCACAGGAUCCUGCUGUACCCACCCCCCCAGCACCGAACCGAGGCCAUCCGCAUCAUGAAAGAGAUUCUUGGCAGCCCCGAGCGCCUCUACGACCUUGCUGGGCCUUGUGUAGCAGAACCUGAAACCAGGAAGCGCUCCUUCUCAAAGAGGAAGUCCCACCUGGAUCUGCUCAAACUAGUGAUGGACGGGAUGACCGAGGCGUGUAUGAAGGGGGGCAUUGAGGCGUGUUACGCCUCUGUUUCCUGCGCUUGCGCUCUUCUCGCUGCGUUGGAUGAGCUGUCGCAGGGUCGCGGCUUGCAGCCUGAGCAGGCUCGUUUUCUCCUCAGACGACUUGACGACCUGAAGGAUGGAUCGGAGUCCACUCGUGAAUCCAUGGAGAUCAACGAGGCCGACUUCAGAUGGCAGAGACACAUCCUGUCCUCAGAGCAACCUCAGUGGGAUCCUAGCUCUUCUUCCUCCAACUUGGCCACGGCGGGCACCACCGACCGCAGCCCCGACAUCAGCAUCAGCAUCACCACAGAAACAGGACAAACCACCUUGGACUUGGAAAUGGGGGACCUGGGCCUGGGUCAGGGACACACCACUUAUGUGGAGUGCGGCGAGGACGCUCGCACCUCGACUUGUUCCUUUGGAACCCCGGAGAGAACCCAACGGGAGCCAAUAGGAGGGAUAGCUCAGAGUGGUGAGAGGGAGGAGGGAGGAGGCCGCUCAGUGGAGGUGGAGGGACAGGAGGAGAAGGAAAGAGGCGGAGGAGACAGAGGAGGUGUUGUUCCUCCUGAUGUGGUGCAGAGGAGUCACGCUCUGGUCUUCCCUGACAUCACCAACUUCCUGUCAGUGGAUUGCAGGACGAGGUCGCACCAUGGAGCAGGGUCGAGGUACAGCGAGAGCAACUUCAGCAUGGAAGAGCAGGACUUGUCUCGGACAGAGUUUGACUCGUGCGAUCAGUACUCAAUGGCUGCAGAGAAAGACUCGGGACGCUCCGACGUGUCUGACAUUGGUUCCGACAACGUCUCUCUGGUCGACGAGGAGCAGCACACGCCUCGGGACUGCCCAGGUCAUCGCUCUCUGCGCACUGCCGCCCUGUCCCUUAAACUGCUGCGCAACCAGGAGGCCGACCAGCAGAGCGCCAGGCUGUUCGUCCAAUCACUGGCUGCACUGCUGCCCCGCCUGAUGGGACUGGCCACUGCCAAGGACGUGGACCUGUCUCUGCAGAACUUCUGCUCCACACUUUGCUCUGGACUGCAGGCUGGUGGGAUUCACUCUCCAGGUUUUGAAGCAAGCGACUCUCUGAGCUGCCAAUCUCUGAUGAACGCAGAUGGUCUCUACCUGGUGUCGUACUACACUCUGCUGCUCAACCUCAAACUCUGCUACUGCGACUACUAUAGACGGAAAGAGCUCCCCCCAGUCCUCAGUCUGAAGGAGUUUAUUCGGCUGAUUCAAAGCAGUGGAGUCCUCGUGGUUCUGUCACAGGCCUGGAUAGAGGAGCUUCACCACCAGGUGUUAAAGCACAACCUGCUGGCUGAUGCCGGAUACUGGGGCAGGCCAGAAGACCACACGUUGCCACUCAUCACCAUGCUGACAGAUAUUGAUGGCCUGGGCAGCAGUGCGAUUGGAGGUCAGAUGAUCCGGAGGCCGUCCAGCCAAUUAGCGCUCGGCUCUGAGAAGGCUGGAAGUGACAUUGUCACUGCAGGUGCCGUGUUUUCCCGCUUCAUCCUCACCGGCGUGUGGAAGAACCUGAUUGAUGUGCUGUCCACUCCUCUGACGGGUCGCAUGGCGGGCAGCUCCAAGGGGCUGGCCUUCAUCCUGGGGGCAGAGGGGCUCAAAGAGCAGAGCCAGAGGGAGAGAGACACCAUCUGCCUGAGUUUGGAUGGCCUACGGAAGGCUGCCGCACUCAGCUGCGCCCUUGGUGUGGCUUCUAACUGUGCAUCGGCCUUAGCCCAGAUGGCUGCAGCCUCCUGUGUGCAAGAGGAGAAGGAGGUGGCAGAGAUGGGAGACGCCAUCGCACAAGUGAAGCAGCGCAUGGAGCAGCGUCUGGAGCAGAUCGGCCGUCCUCAGGGAGUCCGGCUCCACACGGCUCAUGUGUUGUGUAUGGAUGCCAUCCUGAACGUAGGGUUAGAGAUGGGCAGCCACAACCAUGACUGCUGGCCACAUGUCUUCAGAGUAACAGAGUACAUCAGCUCACUGGAGCACACUCAUUUCAGCGAUGGCUCCUCGCAGGCAUCCUCCCUGACCACCAUCACCCAGCAGAACCAGCAGACGGCCGGCGUGGACCUGGGUCUGGAGCUGAGCUGUGAGCCAAGCCCCGAGGCUGCAGAGCUGAGCCUGAGCCAGCCGGUCAUCCAGCCGCUGUCCAUCCAGGAGCUGCUGAAGGACAGCAGCAGAGGAGGGCGUGGCCUGGACCUAAAGAGUGGCAGCCUGAUGACGGGGACCAGCGCUGCCAAGGCCGUCUGUACUCUGUCCACUCAGGCUGACAGGUUGGACCUCGGUCUGAAGAAGCUGUGCAGUUUUUUAAUAUCCUAUGAUGCUGGAAUCUGUUUUAGAUCCAUGAAUCUAGAUCUAUGACUUUACAGUCAUGGUCCUAAUGCAAACACACA